UGGCCCGCGUGGCCGGGGGCGCUGGAGGCGCUGACGGGGCUGAGGGGGCCGGCGGCCGCGGACUUUGCCGGGGUGGUGGCGGAGCUGGAGGGUUCCGCGGCGGCGGCGCGGCAGCAGCAGCAGCAAGUGCAGCAGCAGCAGCACCAGCAGCAGCCGCACUUAGCCGCGUUUGUGGCGGCGCCCGCACUGCAGCUACUGGCACGCAGCGGGUCGGGCUCGCCGCCGCCGCCCCCCUCCCAGGUCGCGGUCGCCCGCCCGGCGAGCUCGGGCUCGGUCUCGCCGCCGGCCGCGCCGUCCCCGUCACCCCCGCAGCAGCUGCUGGUGCGGGGUCCCCAGCAGUAUGGUGCGUCGUCCUGCAUCAGCGAGGCGCUGCAGGGCCUGACCCUUCAGCUGCACCAGCAGGCGGCCGCGGCGCAGCGCGCCCCCUCGCCGCCACAGCAUCAGCAGCUGCAGCAGCAGUUUUGA